ACUAGACUAUUGUGCUUAAAACUGCUAGCCAAAUGUCGAACUGACUGCAGUUGAAAUCCACUUGUCGUACGUUAUGCAGAAACAAUUGAUUUUGGCCUUAAUUCUUAUGGUAAGCUCGGUUGAUGUAGCCCAGGUUUUGUACAAAUAUAAGCAAAAAACUACGCAUGACUUAAUUGUUGAGCAUGGGUAUCCAGCGGAGCAUUAUAAGAUUGAAACCGAGGAUGGUAACAUGCUUGCAGCUUUUCGAAUUCCCUUUUCGCACAAGCUGCAGAAUCAAAACACGAAACGGCCCAUAGUGUUAUUACAACAUGGUCUGUUGAGUUCCUCGGAUGUCUGGGUAGUCUCUGGACCCAAUGAUUCUCUAGCCUUCUUGCUUUCCGAUGCGGGAUUUGAUGUAUGGAUUGGAAAUAAUCGAGGAAAUGAAUACUCAAAAGAGCUCAAAAAACCUUCUUGGAAUUUCAGUUUUCACGAGAUUGGUUACUAUGAUUUGGCAGCCUUAAUUGAUUUCGCACUAAAAACAAGUGGACAGGAACAGAAAUCUCUCCACUAUGUGGGUCACUCUCAGGGCACCACUGUAUAUUUCACAUUGAUGUCCUUGCGACCCGAGUACAAUGCGAAGAUCAAGACGGCACACAUGCUUGCUCCUGUCGCGAUUAUGAAAAAUAUACAUAAUGAGUGCAUUACCUGUGCGGCAAACUUAAUACCUGUAAAUGGCUGGAUGGCACGGUAUUUUUCCCACAAAGAGUUUGGAAAAAUAAUAGGAUCUAGAUCGUUUUCAUUAUGCUUCGAUAAGGAAUGCAAAAAUGUGCUCGAAAAAUUAUCCUCAGAGCAUUCUAAUAAGACUGCCCUCAUAGAGUCCGCAAAAAUAUCCCAAACCGGCUCCUGGAAACAAAUUUUUCACUUCUUGUUCAACUAUAAGUCGGGAAAUUUUCAACAAUUCGAUUACGACACUGUAAGGAAUCUGGAAGUGUAUAAAGCGGAGAAGCCUCCGAAAUAUCCAAUUGAAAAAAUAACCUCUGAAGUGCACUUGUGGUACAUAGAUAAUGAUGAGCUCGUUCCUGUUGAUGACGUCAUAGCUUUGGCAGACCGUCUGCCCAAAAAGGUACUGCAUCAUAUUGAGCAUCCCUUAUGGGCACAUAGUGAUUAUUAUUUACACAAUGAAAUUCGAAAAUAUCUCAAUGAGCCCAUCAUUAAAAUAAUGCGGCAGUACGAACUGGACACAAAGUGAUUAUUAGCUGUUCUUUAAUUACACAAAUAUGUAUUUAUAUUUCUCUAAAAAUAUUUCAUAUUUUUUCGCGUUAGUCAUUGACGAAAAUUUGAGUGUAUUAUUAAUAUAUUAAUAAUAUUAAUAUAAUCAAGAAAAAUAAUAAAGAUACACUAUCCUUCAAUUGUGCCCUACAAUUGACCACAAUGUUAAUAUGUUUAUUUACAUUCUUACGAAAUGUCACUAA